CCUGUUCCACAUUUGUGCUCCAGAGGAACUGAGAAGGCGAGUGUUGUCUGGACACAUCCUUAAAGAGUGCGACACUUCAUAUAAUCAUCUAGAAAUUAAAAUUACACCCACGACAAAAGAGUAAGCAAGCAACUGUGCUUUCAAAGCCUAAGUGGUGUGAUGGCCAGCAAAUUCAUGGAAAAAGAGAAAAACAGUGAACCAAUGCCAAAGAAGCGUACCAAGGUAACUGGAACAUCUGAGGACGAUAGAUAUUUUAUGGCUCUUGCCCUCCUGUUUUCUAUGAAGAGCCCUGAUCCUAGAACAAAGGUUGGUGCAUGCAUUGUAAAUGAGGAAGGAAACAUUGUUGGUGUCGGCUAUAACAAAAUGCCCAGUGGCUGUGAGGAUGAGUUUCUGAAGCGUCAGCUGUGGAAACAUGAAUCCCCUAACCCUCUGGAAAUAAAAUAUCCAUAUGUUUGCCAUGCGGAGCUGAAUGCCAUCAUGAAUAAAACCUCAGUGGAUGUGAAAGGAUGCACCAUUUACGUCACUCUGUUUCCCUGUAACGAGUGUGCCAAAGCCAUCAUCCAAUCAGGUAUAAGAGGUGUGGUUUAUUUAUCAAAUAAAUAUGCAGAUAGCAAUGAAUCAAAGGCCUCUCUCACAAUGCUGGACACAGCAGGUAUUCCACACAGGCAGUUUGAAUCAAAGGAGGAAAUUUCUGCCUUGCUGAAGUCUGCCGAAGCCUUGCUGAAGUCCAUCGAACCCUUUGCUGAGUAAAUCUUCCUGGGACUGUGCUCUUCGCUGCUGAAAUGCUGAAUAUUACUAAAACAUUUAACAUUCCAUAAAUACUGAAGAAAAAAUCCCAGUAUAUUCGAUAUGAGUUCUAAUUUAGAUUCGGUGAAAACUUUAAAUACUGCAAAGUGAACAUUUUAAAAUUUUAAUUAACUUUUAAUCUUAAGCAAACUCUUAAAUUAACUUUUGAUUUGUUAUCUUUUUGGUGGGGGAAAUUAAUUUCACUAUAUUAGCAAUUUCACAUACUGCUUUCUGUGUUUUCUUUCAAAUUACUGAUUAUUAAUUACUAUUAAUUACUGGAUGUUAAUUUGACAGAACUGAAUAACCCAAUUGAAUAAACAUUUAAUUAUCCUCAG